AUGCUACCUGUGUCCUUACGCGCAACUGCACUGGUGCUCCUCUCGGCAUCCACGACAACCGCCCUCUCCGUGUCCCUAGCAUCCUUCGUCCCGCGCCUCGACAACCUUCCCCAGCCCUGCAGCGAUGUCUACACCACAGCCAUCACCGGGUGCACACCGGAUGAUUUCAAACAAGGCGCAACAUGCUCGGCGGCAUGUGUGCGGGGUCUCGCCCAAAUCGGAGACAAUGUGAAGCGGAGCUGCGCAGACGUUGACGUGGGCGAACUGAGCAUCAUUGGAGUCUUCCAGAAUGACCUGGGCAUUCCGAGUCUGUGCCCAGGUGUGGUGGUGACAACCAUCGGCUCGGGGAGUGUAAUGACAAGCACAACAAUGUCCACUGUGGCUAGAAGCACGACACGGGCGGACACUACGAGCUCGACGAAUUCAGCGGCCAAGACAACAUCAACCCCAUCACCUUCUGCGUCGAGCACGGGCGGUUCAAAGUCAACAUCGACAGACUUGGUCAUGGACCCAAACGCCACUGCGACCAAGGCGACUAUGACGGUAGUCGUUCCACCAGACAAUACGGCGCCGCCAAAAGACACGGCGUCGCCAACAGAUCUUGCGCCAACAAAACAAUCAACACGGCCGCAAGAGACGGUGGCACCGGGCGCGCAGCUGUCCAACGCCUUCUCGGGAGGCGGCUCGCCGUUUGACAUUGUCGCGACUGGCUCAUCGAACCAUCUCGACAUGUUUGACGGUGCAGCUGUGGCUCUUCUCGCAGUCACGUUGCUCUUUGUGGUAUGCGCAUAG